GGCUCCACCCAGCCUCUUAAGUACAUGACUGGGCUAUGAGCAAACAAACUCCAUCUAGACUUCACACCCGCUGAUAUCGCAUUCACGUUCGCACACACAGCCACGGCACAGAGGAGACGCAGACUUUCACACAGCAUCAUGGCCGUCACGCUCUGUCAGGUGCUGGGCCUCAUCCUGAGUUUGAUAGGGUUGGUGGGAAUCAUCGCUGCCACAGCAAUGGACCAAUGGGCCACAGAGGACCUCUCCGACAGCAUUGUGACGGCCGUGUACUCGUACUCAGGCCUGUGGAGGUCAUGCGUCCGGCAGAGCUCCGGCCUAACUGAGUGCCGACCUUAUUAUACCAUUCUGGGGUUGCCAGCUCUGCUCCAGGCCGUCCGGGCCUUGAUGAUUGUCGGCAUCAUCCUCGCAGCAAUUGGCUGUUUGAUCGGCAUAUUUUCACUGAAGUGCUUGAAAAUGGGGAACAUGGAGGACAAAAUGAAAGCCAUAAUGACUCUGACGGCCGGGAUCAUGUUUCUCGUUGCAGGUAUCUGUGGCAUCGCUGGAGUCUCAGCCUUUGCUAACUUGAUAGUGCAAAGUUUUCGCUUCACAACGUACACUGAGGAGUUCAACAUUUAUGGAGGAACAGGCAUUGGUGGACUCUCAGCAGGUCUGACUCCGAGAUAUACGUUUGGCCCGGCUCUUUUCGUGGGCUGGAUUGGUGGUGCCAUAUUGGUCAUUGGCGGCAUCAUGAUGAGCCUGGCGUGUCGUGGAAUGACUCCAGAGAAGAAUGAGCGCUACAAUGGAAUGGCCUACAAAGCUGCGUCUCAACAGGCCUACAAGUACGACACCAGACCCCGUCCAGUCUUUAAUGAUUCACACAAGGCUCAGAGUGUGGAGGGAAGACAGUCAAACCAGAGAGUUGAUUAUGUGUAGCUUAUUAUUAUCUAUUUUUGACAUACAAAUUCUGUAUCAUGAUGUAUAAGAAAUUAGAGUUAUCUCCAUGUACACAAAUAUCAUUGUGAUCGUUUAAAAAGUAACUAGCAAACCUAACAGUUAAGUUAGCUUAAGUGGAUACAAGGUUUUUUUCUCUGUGUUUUACCUUGUAUGUAGGUAGUUAAUGAAGGGUGUGAAUUAUUAACCUCUUGAACCCUGCACUAAACAUUUUCAUUUGCAGUUCUUGUCUUUCUUUAUCUUUAUAAUAAAGGUUAGCAUCAGUUUUUAGCCAAGAUUUUUACUUGCAUAACUGUUGUGAUAUACUGCCUUUGUAUACUAUAUGAAAUGCACAUUAAAUACUCUCUAUAUAAUGAAUAGAAUACAACCCCUAGCUUUUCUAGAUCAGGUUGAUUUAUGGAUUUAUUUUCUUUUCGAGACUAUGUAGUAUACAUAAUUCAAAUAAUUGAAAGAUGAUUUCACACAUAUUGAACGAGUGGAGGGAAAUGUUAAAAAAGAUGAAUGAAUCAAUUAAGUUGUUACAAGUUACUAUAACUCAGUCUGAAACAAAGUGCUCCAAGAGCAUAGACACGUUCACCAGCCUAUUCAUUGAUAUUAUCACUUUAUAUGCCAACAUUCUUGGAAAAAGUCCAAAAUUUCACAAAAACUAAGAAAGAAAAUGCCCUAUUUACAAUUUUACAUGAAGUGAAAAGUUAUUCCUGUAUGCUUAUCUUUAAAUUAGAGCCACUUUAGCCCACCCUUUUGCCAGGUGUCGGGAAGACUUUAUGUAAUCCUGGUAACAACCACACAGACAGACAAACAGAAAAACAUAACCUUCUUAACAAAUUUAACACACAUCCAUGAUGUUGAUUGUGUUGUUUAUCCUAUUACUGGAUGCAGCAGUCAUCAGUUUAUCUGUGGUUCGUGCCUGUUAUCUCCGGCCCUACAGCCUUCACACGAUAAAUACAGUAUUGAGUUAGCACAUUGCUUUGUUUAACUGAAUGAAUCUCAUGUGAAUCUGGUUCACUCGUCUGUACAGAGACACAGUUUUCAAUCCUUGUGGCGUAUGUUUAAAUUUCCCAGGGCACUUGAAGACACUUUUAUUGAUAAGAACAUUAAAGGCAUGUAAGUGGACAUUUGAUUGCACCAAAAGAGAGAGCGAAUAAUUCACCAAUUGUCUUACAGAUUGUAGAAAAUUAAAUAUUUGUUUUAUAUGUAUGUAUUGUUUAAAUUACAUGUGGUGUUACAGUGAAUAUGCAGGAUAUGUCAAUACUACAUUAUCAGUAUUUUGGCUCACAACUCAACAGUUCAAAUAAAUAAUAGUGUUGCUUUUGGAAAUACAUAGAUAUUUUUUAGAUGCAUCACAGAUAAUCAGAUGCAGUGUUGCAUUAUAAUUAAUUUUGCUGUUCCACAUCAGUCAUGAAACCACAAUUAAAUGUUUAGCUGAAAUAAAUUAAUGAUUACAUGUUCAAAAUUUUCUUCUAAGAUUUAGAUUAAGAUACAUAUGCAAUCAUACACAGUACAAUGUGCAGUGAAAUCCUGCUACCGACUACUGUUAUAUACUCUUAUGUACUAGGUGUAAUCGUGUGCUUUUUCUUUUGAUUUGUCAUUAAAAAAAGUUCAGUUGUCUGAACUAUUCAUCUGAUUCACAUAA